UUGUCGUCCGGCUUCAAACGUCACUGUUUAGAUAUGACCAGACUGUAUCAGCCUCUCUAAAGUUUUUUUUUUCUUCUUCUUUUUGACAUAAUUGGUGGUUGUUGACAUGGAAGACAGUGAAAAGAAAGCCCCAUCAGUGAUCGAUCGUUAUUUCACCCGCUGGUAUAGAACUGAUCUAAAGGGAAAAUCAUGUGAGGAUCACUGCAUUCUACAGCACUCCAACAGGAUAUGCGUCAUCACACUUGCUGAGUCUCAUCCUAUCCUUCAGAACGGACGAAAAAUCAAAAACAUAAACUACCAGAUCAGUGAUGGAUGCAGCCGUCUGAAGAACAAGGUGUCUGGAAAGUCAAAGCGAGGUGGUCAGUUCCUGACAGAGUUUGCGCCACUGUGUAGAAUAACGUGCACAGAUGAACAGGAGUACACUAUAUUCAGCUGUAUCAGAGGACGUCUCCUCGAAGUAAAUGAAGCCAUUCUGAACAAGCCAGAUCUGUUAUUAGAAAAGCCUUCCACAGAGGGAUACAUUGCAGUUAUAUUACCUAAAUUUGAAGAGAGUAAGAGUGUCACUGAAGGCCUUCUGACCAGAGAACAAUAUGAGGAGGUUCUCACGAAAAGAAACCAACAAGAAGAGCCUUGCUGAGAUCAACCUGCACUUUGAAGCUACUGACUGCUGAGUCUCUUUUGAAGAAUAAUUGCUUCAAGCAGGUUAAAAACGUCAGUGGCAUCAUGGCUGUGUGCCACUUACAUUAAAAAAAAAAAACAUCUUGAGAAAAUGACGACUUGAAGGAAUGAAGACUUGUCUGCUGGAUCCAGAACAGUCUUGGAUUUCACUGGAGUGCAUUUUGUUUGACCACUAUUCAUGAGAUAUAUGUGUCCUGGGUAUUGUUUAGUUUAUGGUUUCAUUAAAACUGUUUUAAUUUGAGAAUUAGCUGGUCUGUGUCCUCGCAGACACAUUAUUUCCCUUCCGGUUGCUGUAAAACUGCUUAUAGCCCUAACUUUUUGGAGAUCAUUAUAGUUUGAGUAAAUGCUAAAUAAAGGAACAGCUCCCUUCUGAGCAUUUUCAACUGGCUCUUAUGUUAGUUAUGUUUUUAUUCAGUCAAUUUAUUUUACACAAACUAAGGUCAGUGCUCUCAAAACAAUUAACUGCCAUCUGAACAUUUUGUAAUUUUUCCAAACAGAUUGCACAGAUAACAUGACAAACAUUUUCAUAUACAUAACGUUUAAAAAAUAAAAAUAAAAACUUACUGACCCAAAACUUGCAUACACUGGUGUAUGUAAACAUGUAUUUUCAAUAUAGCUGAACAUAUAACCAACAGAAAACAUUUAAAUAGUUUUGAUGUUAGUAUGUGCUUUUAAUAAAUGUGUUGAUUGAAGACAAUACGUCGUUAGUUUGGAGAAAUGUGUAAAACUGAAUAAGCAUGUCAUGUUUUGUGCAUAAAUAAAUCAC